UUAAGUUUUUUCGUGCGUUCCCGUCUGUAUGUUCUAAUAUACAGGUAGCGUAAACCUAUUAGCGUUUUUGAUCAGUACACUGCAGUACACUUCGAAUCGUUUAUUGAUGUCUGAGAAAUUAUUGACGUCAACUUGGCAAAUCGAUUAGUCAUGUAUCUUGAUUCAUCAAAGCGACGUUAAUCGCUCCAAAGAAACGAUUCAACCUGUUUCGUGAAAUUUCGAACUUGUCAAAUAGGUUCGAAACCAGCUCGAGCCAGCUGUCCAAAUGUAUCCGCUUCGAACUUCUCGAAUAACUGGAGCAUAUAAUUCGCUCGAGGUUGUUAUGUUCGAGCUCUAAUCUAUAUAUACUAUGUACAUAUCUACCGUGGAAGGCACCCUGUAUAUAUACUUGUGUAUAUACUAUGACAGUGCAUCGUGCGGAAAGCGUUGUAUAAAUAAGCGGCGAGCUCGCCGCGAGCGAUAGCAUUCGGGAGGCCCGUCACAGCGCCGGCAGGUAGUGGAUUCUUCGACAACAACACAACAACAACGGAGAUUGUUUUGCAUUUUUUUCGCGAUCAAAGAUGUCAUCGCCCAGAGAAGUGAUUAAAAGCGUUGGACCAAAAUUGGUGCCGUUCUUUAAAAGCGUAUCGGUGUACUUUGUAAUACUCGCCGAGCAACCGUCUCUGUUGACCGCGUGUUUCAAGUGCUUGCCGAUAAUAAGUCUCAUUGUUUUCAUUUUGUUGCACGGAAUCAGUUUGUCCAAGGAAUACACCUUCUCCAGGCGUAUACUAACAGGAUUGGUGUUCAGUUGUAUGGGCGACGCUUUGUUAGUAUGGCCUAACUGUUUCACAGCGGGAAUGUGCAUGUUCGCUAUCGCUCAAAUUAUGUAUAUAAUCGCAUUCGGAUUCACACCCCUCAAUUUAACGCUCGGUGCGAUAAUGUACAUGGGUUGUUCCGUUGUCAUAUACGCUUUGAUGCCCGGAUUAAGCGGGAUUUUAGCAAUAGGAGUGCCAAUUUAUACAGUAUUACUUACAACCAUGGCCUGGAGAGCCAUAUCCAGAGUGCAAUUUUUUGGGGAAUUGUGGACAUGGACUAAAUUGUGCAGUUGCAUUGGAAGCAUUUGCUUUGUCAUAUCCGACACCUUACUUGGGUUUCAUUAUUUCCACAGUCCAUUGCCAUAUUCACAGGUGUCUAUUAUGUUAACGUAUUACGCAGCACAAUUAGGGAUAGCGCUGAGUGCAGUUGAUUCGAAAAACAACAGCACUAACCGAGUACCUGCCAGUAAAGGCUGAAACGUUCAAUCGUUUAAUUUAUAUGAUAUCGAUGAAGAGAAAAAACUUGUCUAUUGAAAAAGCAGAUACGAAAAAGAUUCCUUUUAUAUCGUUUCUGCUUUAAAAUACGUGCAUAAUUCCAGUAGGAAAUUGUGAUAAUUGUUUUUUUUUUGUUUUGACACUCUUUCACAGCUGUGUACUAAGGAGACUGGAGAAAGAGUCGUAAGAGAUUGUAUGUACCUUUG